AUGGAGUGGAUUGGCAAAGCCAAGAUCGAGUUCACUCAUGCGCCCACGCCGAGGACAAUCAAGCAAAGGGAUGGCAGCGAGACGGAUCUCCUCAAGAUUUGCGAGGCCAGCACGCCGCCCUGCUACAUGAACCCGCUGUUGUUCAAUGGCCAUGUGCAGACGAUGUGGACGGCGACAAAACCACAUGGACCGGCAGUUUACUAUAAACGCAAGAUCUUCCAGGCCGAGCAUGACGCUUAUCACGGAUCGUUUGCCGUUGACUUCGUCGUUGAGUGUCAUGAUGGUCGAAGUGAAGACUUGCCGCCCCGUACCGCUUACUACUCUGAUGAAGAAUUUGCGAGUAUAGGCUCUGAUGAUAGCAAGCCAAUGCUGAUAGCGCUGCACGGUCUUUCUGGCGGUUCUCAUGAAGUUUACUUGAGGCAUACAAUUGCCCCUCUUCCCGAACAGGGGUGGGAGAUUUGCGUGGUGAACUCUCGAGGUUGCGCAGGCAGCAAGAUCACCAGUGGCAUCUUAUACAACGCACGCGCAACAUGGGAUAUGCGCCAGAUAGUCAGGUGGCUUAGGAAGACGUUUCCAAACCGUCCGCUAUUUGGCAUUGGGUUUUCACUCGGUGCCAAUAUUUUGACCAACUACUGUGGCGAGGAGGGCUCGGAUUGUGUGCUUAAAGGUGCCAUUGCUUGCUCAAAUCCCUUCAAUCUGGACGUCGCCAGCAAGACCAUGGCAAGCACUUUGAUCGGCAAAGAAGUUUACCUCCGCGUCAUGGGAACUACGAUGAAAGCUCUGAUUGAGAGACAUAAAAAGGAACUCAAGCAGUAUUCUAACUUGGAUCUGGCUGCCAUUGCCAAUACAACCUACUUGAAUGAGUUUGACCGGGAAAUCCAAUGCCCAACGUGGGGAUACCCGACUGAAUCUGCUUAUUAUCGAGAUGCUUCAUCGUCUGAUGCCAUCCUCUCAAUCAAGAUACCUUUCUUGGCCAUUUCCGCCAUUGAUGAUCCCAUUGCGGUCAAAGAAGCAAUCCCAUUCGAAGAAUUCCGCCAGAACCCCAACACAAUUCUAACCACAACAUCCCUCGGUGGCCACUUAUGCUGGUUCGAAACAGGUGGAACUCGCUGGCUCACUCGCCCGGUGUGCAAUUUCUUCAACCAUUUGGCGUUCAAAGCUGACCUUGACGAUUUAAUGCCCAUGGAGUAUCCCCCUAAAAACAAAGCAUUUGCGGGCUCCGACUAUAAUCCAAUGAGGCGUAAAAUGAAUAUCGUGCGGAGUUAG